GCAUGCGCAAUAGCAUGUGUGUAGGAAAUGACAACUGCAACUUCCGGUUACACUGAAUCAAAAAAAGGGGAACGUCAAGAGACGACGUAGAUUUAGUUUUUGUUUCUACACAAUAACUGAUUUCACCUCCAAGUUGAGUUCAAAUUUGAGUAUUGCCUGUGGCAUCUCAGAUGGGGCUUUAUCAUAAUGGAUAUAGAUAUUGACAAUGAUUUUGAUGGGAAACUGCUUGAUCAGUUUCGGUCGUUGGGAACCACCGAUCGUGAUGUUCUCAUCGCUGAAUUUCAAGCUCUCCUAGGAAACAAGCUGAAUCCUGAAUCAUGCGCCUUUUUUCUGGAUAUGAAUAAUUGGAAUCUUCAGAAUGCAGUUUGUUCCUACUAUGAUUUUGAACAGCCUUCUAUUGCUUUGCCAUCUAUGGCAUUCAUUGCUGAUGUGACUGUUGGGGAUGGAGAAUCUGUUGCUCCAAAUACUUCUUUUUUUAAGACAUGGAGAAUAAAAAAUUCAGGUACAGACCGCUGGCCUCCUGGAUGCCAGUUAAGAUUCUGCAGUGGUGACAACCUUAGCACGGUUGAUAGGAAAAUGGUAGAUGGUUUAGGCCCUGGAGACACAGUGAAUAUAUCUGUAGAAAUGAGGUCUCCCUCUGGAGUUGGAUCUUACCAAAGUCUGUGGAGGAUGUGUACCGCUACUGGAUUGUACUUUGGGGAUGUGAUUCAUGUGCAUGUGGUUGUGGCAGAGGGUGGUUUACUUGGACUCACUCAACAGCUGGCAAGAAUUGGAGGAGAACAUGCUAAUACCAGUAGUAACAACGUUGCAGCCAACCACUCUAUACAGCAGACCCCACAUCAACUAGUUCCAUUUACUGGUAGUUCCAUGGUACCAUUCAGUAUAAACCGUGAUGCUGAGCUAACACCACCACCUACUGAAGAUGAUUUGCAGAUGUCCUAGCAAAGGCUUCCCCUCUGAAUGAAUGCAGCAGCUGGCUAACUGGAGGUGAAUGAAGAAAUGUGAUUUAAGAGGGGUUCAAGAAACGCAUAUCCUAGAUGAAAAUAGUUUCCUCUAGAUACAGCUGUAGUAAAACAUCUUUAUUUAUACUAGCUAUACAGAUUUUUGUUUUUAAAUUACUUUAGUAUUGAGAUGAAAUCCUAUAAAUAAAUAAACAAAAUAAAAUAUUUUUAUAUAUAUUUAAAUUUUUUAUUGGGUUUGAUUCUAAUACAGGGAUUUUGUGGGCUAGUAAACGGUAAAUUGUUUCCCCAGUUUUGAGUGGUCACUGUUUUGUAUUAGUUUCACUCAUCAUCUACUGACUUUCAAUGUUCAUAAGACAUUUUUACAACAUGAUUUUAAUGCAGCUGUAUUAUCAUGUAGAUCUCAGAUUUUGUUCAGGGUUUGAGACAUACAAGAUGAUUAUUUAAUUACUCAAUGAAUACUUUAUUGUAUCAUAUGAAGUGGCAUUGCAAGAGUUAUAUUAAGACUAGCAAGGUCUUAUUUUUUAUAUAUUAUUUUGUUCUAUGCUGGCUUAGUCAAGCAAUAAAACCUGUUGCCCAUGCAUAUCUUAUUUCUGUUUACUGAUUGUUGUGUAUUGCUCAACAGAAUCAUAGCCAGAGCAGUAUGGUGAAGUUGUUCACUUGUAUCAGAAGCUCACAGUAGCAGCUUCUUCAGUUUUAAUCUGUUCAUUAGGCAGUAGUGCUAUCCCUCUGUUCUUUAUUUUAAUUCUUUGUGACUAUUUAAAUAAGAAAAACAAAACUUAAACUGAAUGUUUUCUGUCAGUAGCAAAAACAUGCUAAACAACUUAUUUUGUUUGCAACUAAAUUCAAGUUUCUUAAUUGCUCCUGUCUAUACUGAAUUAAGAUAUCAUUUUUGCUUGUUUUAGCUUGUCUCAAUUUCAAUAUUUUUCUGCUGAUUUUUCCAUAAGGUGGAAUUUUAUGCAGUAUGCACAUUUUUUCCCCUGAGAGAAUGAUUCAUUUUUAAACUGUACAUAGUUAUUUAUCCAUGAAAAUAAUACUAGAGCUUUCUCAUUACUCCAAUGAUGCAUUUUAAUUCCCAUUCCAUAUUUAGAGAGCGAUUACCAUUAUUUAACAGGUCUCUAACAGGAAGAUAAUCCUCGGUGUAUUUGUUCUUUACCUCUUUAAAAACGUUACUGCAUGCUUAAAGAGGAUGUAAAUAGUUCUGUGACCUGGUCCUUAGCUUUCCAAAGGAAAAAUAAAAAAUGUUUACAAUAUC